AUGGCGGCCUCCAUGAACUUUUGCCCAGGCGGUGCCGAAUUUGAUGAUGAUGAUGAAUUUGACGAUGGUUUUAUAUUUGAUGCAGAGGGAGUAAAUGGCUUUCGUACAUCUUCUUCGGACCAUUCAUUUUCGAAUGGGAACACAAACAAUUAUUCUGACAGAGGAGGUUUUGGAAGUCCAUCCAAAUCAAAGAAAUCCAAGCCAUUUAAAACAGAACAGUCUAAGAUAAGGAGCAGGGAACCAGCUACAGUGGGCUCCGAUGACUUCAGAAUGGCUGUACUAAGGGGAAAUCUUGAUGCUGUCAAGAGUUUUAUAGAUCAAGGAUAUAAUGUGAACACCGUUUUGAAGUGUGGAUGGACUCCCUUGAUGUAUGCAGCCAGCUCAGCCCUACCUCAUGUUGUCAAGUUCCUUCUGGAUAAUGGGGCAGAUCCCCAUAGUCAUAAAGACAUGUACACUGUGUUAAUGGCCGCCUGUGGGUCUACGGCCAGUAAUGAGGAGGACAUUCUACAGUGUGUGGGCUAUCUGUUGGAGAAAGGAGUUAAUAUCAACGCUCAUGACAGGUACCACAUGUCUCCAUUAAUUUAUGCCUGUAGAGAAGGCAGAGCCAGAGUUGCCUCUAAACUCCUGGAUAACAAGGCUAAUAUCAAUAAACAAGACUCCAGGGGCUGGACGUCACUAAGUUGGGCAGUGAGCAAGAAUCACCAAGCCGUGGUGAGGGUGUUGAUAGAAAGGGGAGCUGAUAAAAACAAAUUACAAUGUGAUGGGCAGACGGCAUUAGAUAUGGCCAUCGCUCAAGAUCUCCAGACCAUUGUAAAAUUACUUGGGGGAGACCCAGAAAAUGGCAAUAAUUCAGCCACUCAGAAUGCAGCAUACACAACCACUAAUGGAUGGCCACCACAGUCUAAUGAUAAUAUCCCAGAAACAACUUCAUCAUCAAAAAGUGCUAUAAUCUAUGGAGAGCUAGAACUGUUCUUGACUGGGCUGGGACUCAAUCAUCUAGUGCAGCUGUUCCAGGAUCAGCACGUGGAGUUUGACAUGUUCCUCAGGAUGACUGAUGAAGACUUGAGCAAGAUGGGGAUUAACCAGAUUGGGAUCAGGAAGAAGAUUCUAGACGGGAUCCAUGCUGUCCACACUCGGGAUUGGGAGAAGGGAAGUCUGCCCUCAAUACCAGUAAACAGGAAACUCAGAUGUGUUGAAGCAGUUGCCAUUGCAGCCAACAUUUGUAAACACACUAAAUACCUGUCCAGUACUAUAGGUUACAUUGCUGACCAAGUGACCGUGAACUCUUCUGUGCUGGAGGUCCAGGAUGGUUCAACUCCCAAACAGCUCCAGAAGCUAUGUGAAGAGACUCAAGCAAAUGCUGUGAUGUUAGAGAAAGAACUGGAGAGAUUGUCGUCAAGGUUAAAGAAGGUUUUUCAGAAACGGAAUGUUGACCCUCCUGACCUUGUGACCCCACCGGUAGAGCCGAGGUCACGUACAAAUUACAAACGUGUUAUUCUAGUCGUCGGUCUAUGUGUUCCAGUGGGAGUGAUGCUUUAUUUUGGCAAACAUUUGGUUCAACGUGUCGAUCGGUCAUUAUCACCAAAGUGAUUCGAUUUUUUUAAAAAAUAAAAAAGGUUGUGACCAUAUUUUGAUUAAUUGUCAAGACCAUACUUAUUUAGUAUAUAUGAGUAUUUUUGUGCCAAAAUGUAUAUAAGGGGAAUGUAAUUAUAAUUAAGAGAGUAUAAUUUUUUUUUUAAGAUAAACUUCAUACGUGUAAUGAAUUUAUCUGUUGAAUUGUGCUGAGAGAGAGAAAGGGAGAGUUUAAAUAUGCCAAGAGAGAGAGAGAGUUUAUGUGUUAAAAUUUGUCUCAGGAAAGACCAAAUCAAUUUUAACCUUCUUGAGUUUGCUUUAAAUUGUUGGUCAGUAUUUUGUUUUCUAUUUACAUGUAUCAUAGAUAAAUUACAUGUUCACUUGUUAUCUGCUUCAUGAUUUAUGUUUUUAACAAAAAACUGGAAAAUUGUGUUUCUUUGACGUUUUCUAUGAUUCUGUAAAAUUGUUACUGGUACACAAUGGGUGCGUGUACUCCGAAUACUUUGAAAAAUGAAAUUAUACAUUUAUGUGUCUUCACUUUCAACGUUUCAAUAUAAAAUUGGUAAAAAAGUAAAUGUUAUAUUCUAUAGUCUAAAAAUGUUAAAAAUAUUAAUCUUACUGCA